AUGGAAGCGCGUAAAAAUGAGCCAAAGCGGCUCUAUAAUGACUCAAUUACAGGAGCAUAUGGUCGACUGUUGUCAGAGGCUAGUGACCACGAGAUAAGCAGGCAAACAGGGGGGGAAACCUUCACAACUGUUCCGGGUGAAAAUCAGAAUGCAGAAGACCGCGAAUAUGCGCACUUUCGUGGGUCGAUUAGCCGUGCAUGGGAUACAGACAGCGAAAACGACAAGGAUUAUGACGACGACGAUGACUUCGAAGACGGCGACUACGAAGAAGAUGGGAAAUACAGUGGUGAUACUGAUUACACAGAAGAAGCGGACCAAAGCUUUUUCGAAGACGACGGUGACGCAGAAGAUGACGACUUUUUGCGAGAGGACAACAGAGACGCGGCCGGAGAAGAAGAAUUGUGGGACGGCAAAGUCAAGUUCAAUAACAAUCGUAUUGGCAUAAUAGCGUUUUUACUGGUGGCGGUUGUUGUAAUUUUGGCUACAGUGGCUCCUGCACCGACCGUAUCCGAAUCUGUGCCUGCGGGCGGACAAGAUAGUGUAGCACAGCUGCGUUUGCAGGUCAAUCGUAUGUACCGAGAGCUACAAGAAGAACGAAAGCGAGUACAGAACGAGCUGGAUCAUGCAAUUCAGGUAGUUGUUUCGCAAGUGGAAAAAAACGUUAAAAAAUUGGCGUCUCGCGACUCGGAAGUGGCCCAUGAUCGGCCCGUUGUGUGGAGCCUGAACCUAAAAAAUAUCACCGAGUGGCAGGAGACUCUGAUCGAGGGCUUGGCCAAAGUUUUACCCAAACACAUUCCUGUAUUGAUUGAUAAUACAACGGAGGGCGUUAUUGUUGUGCCAGAGAUGCACACCUACUUAGAAAGCGCCAUUCCAAAGAUAAUCGAAGGCGCUGGUCGCUUCGCUGACGCGGUGAUAAGGCCCUUGGAGCUGGACACUACCCGCUACGUGCGUCAGGUUCUACAGGAUGAGCUGCAAUACGUUGACAAGACGCUAUUUUUGCAAGAAUUGAACACGGGUCUGCACAGAAGUCAGCGCGAGAUACUAGAAGAGGUCGAAUCUGAAUUGAAUCGGCAACUGGAUUUAAGAAUGGCAGGCGCCGUACCGCCUGCUCCACAACAGUACUCACAAGCUGUACAGCGCCGGUUUUUCCAACGCAUUUACAACUCUAACGUGCAUCAAUGGCAAGACGACCUAGAUUUUGGCACGGCGAGUACUGGAACCCGGCUGCUCAACCAUCGAUGCUCUGCGACAUUCAAAGGCACGCGCAAUGCUGCCGCGAAUGGAGUGACACCGUUCGAUUUGCUGGCGGACUCCUACGAGCAUAGUUCCACCUAUUGGCUUUGCCGCGACGUGGGCCGAUGUUCAUGGGCUGUAAGAUUCGCGCAACCGCUUUUCUUGACCAAGUUGUCAUAUAUCCAUGGCAGAUUCACCAACAACGUGCACUUCAUGCAGGCGGCACCCAAAAAGUUUUCAAUUUAUGUCGAGGUGCAGUCCCCUGCGACUGCUACUUUUGUGAAAGCGGUAGAAGAAGCAAAUCCCGAGGGUAUGGGUACCGUCCAACCUGUGUGGGAGCGAGACGGGUCGUUCUUGUUUUUAGGCUCGUACGAGUACGACGUUUCGAGUAGUGAAGUCCGUCAGCAUUUCCCGCUACCGGCGUGGUUCGUGCGACUCAAGCCUCGCGUGAAAAGCAUAGCCUUUGAGGCAGGUUCCAAUUACGGUUCCAAGCAUUACAUAGCGCUUCGGAAAUUCAUUAUUAACGGAGUGACAGACGCGGAUUUGAGCACUGAUUUCGAUCUGCACGCCGCUGCUCUACCUAAUUACGCGGGAUCCGAGAGGCAACAAGUGCUGCUGAGCGGCCUACAGAAGCCCGUCCCAGCUUUAGGCGAAGACGAAUUUGACAAUUGA